CUGACCUUGUUGAAGGUUUUUCCGCCAAGCGCUCACCGGCGCUCACCCUUGACAGAAACGCACUCGAUCCGAAACCCGGAACCGGGAGUCAUCACAGUGUCCUAGUACUAGUAAUGCACUGGCCAAACUCACACAUCUUCUACGACAUUCUGGCUCAAACCGCUUCACCCGGGUUUGCAAUUCAUGCGCAAUCCCAACUCGAGGAGGCAGAACAACAACUCACUCAAAUGACCGCGCAGACUGACCCAUUAUGUCAAGCCAGCCAGCAACUCGUGGCUCGGAUUGCUGCGCUAAAAUACGCCGUUUCUCCUAUUCGGAAGCUACCCGCAGACAUUCUUUUGGAGAUAUUUUCGAGAGUCGAAGAUGGACAUGAUUGGUCACGAUUUCACCACUUAUCCACAAACGCACACUUCCGCCACGUAUUCCGACUGGCCUCCGUCUGCUCAUAUUGGCGGCAGCUCUUGUUAACGGCGCCGCGCAUGUGGCCGACGACUGUGGCACUCCAAACGAGUGGUUUCAUCUCCUUUCCUCAACACUUCGAUGUCGUUAACACAUUGCUUCAGCGGUCGAACCCAUACUUGCUGAACAUCACAGUUGAUGGCCUUCGCCGGGACGUUGGAACCUACUUGCAUUCGCUCGUCAUAUCCAUCGCCAUGAACGUAGCUCAUCGUUGGCGGAGUCUACGAAUGGAGUUCGAUUUCGUUCCUUUUCUCAGACAUGCACAAACACCGGGUCCACUCAUUCACUUGACUGAAAUCAGCCUCCACGGCAUGGACUGGAAUGAAACAGACCAACCAUCAGCAUUCUUUCUAGAUGCCCCCAAGCUAACCCGUGUGUUGCUCAGAACAUCCAAUACUACCAAGCUUCUGCUGCCUUGGUCACAGCUCACCAAACUCCACUUAGAAGGUGUCGAAUCCCCAGGAUUCCUGGCCGUUCUGGAGCAAUGUAUUUCCGUGGUCAAUCUUCACUUGGUGGGCUAUAUCUGUGACGAAGAUGCCAUUGCCACCUCCGCCCUGUCCGCCACCGUCUCUCUAGUGUAUCUCACCCAUCUACAGCUAUCGGUGACAGAGGACCAUUGCACAUUCGAUCCCUUGUUUCGCCAUUUUACAUUUCCGUCCCUUAUCAACCUCAACCUCAACCCCGCCGACGCACUGGCAGAUGAUCUGCUCGAAUUCGAAAUCGGAGAUUUCUUUCCCUCUUUUCUAGCGCGGUGUUCUGCGCUCCGAAACCUCACCAUUCUUUCCUCCAAUAUGAAUGAAACCGCUUUGGAUGACAUCCUCCGCAAUAUUCCAUCGCUCACCAGCCUCACACUCAGCGCCUGUUUCAACUGCGUUGACGACGCCUUCUUUGAGCGGCUGACUUACCGUGCCACGGACCUCGUUCCGCCAGCACCGUGCCUCCAACGGCUCCAUCUUGAAUCUGUCACUGAUCGUUACAGUCAAGAUGUCGUCCUGGCUAUGGUCCGCUCGCGCUGGUGGACGGAUGACACACUGCUCCCAACUCCACGCGUUGCACGCUGGGAACGCAUAUAUAUCUGCGGCUGUUUUCCACCCGAAGUGGUACUUUCGGACGCAUUUAGAGCUGCAAUGGCGGAACUGUGCAGUGAGGGACUGGUUUUCGAGGUCAAAGAACGGCGAUGA